UAUAAAUGAACAGCUGCUACCCGUAUUUACCUGAGUGCACUGCUCUGGCACAUUGUGAAUACUACUCCACUACAGUGUCCAUUCUUUAAACGAAAAAAACAGUUACCUCAGACAUGUGGCUCUGUCUUCUGGUGCUCUCAUUGCUGGCCCUGGUGUACAGAUGGUACAGACAAAGUCAGAUACUAGAGAAUCUCUCAGAUAAAUAUGUGCUGAUCACAGGAUGUGACUCUGGCUUUGGGAACUUAGCAGCAAAACAGCUGGAUCUCCGUGGUCUGAAGGUGCUGGCUGCUUGUCUGACCGAGAAAGGUGCUGAGGAGCUGAAGAAGGAGACGUCCAGCAGAUUGCAGACAGUGAUUCUGGAUAUUAAUGACAGUCAGAGCGUGAAGUCCACUGCAGAAUGGGCCUCUAGUGUUGUUGGAAAUGCAGGUCUGUGGGGCUUAGUAAAUAAUGCUGGUAUUGCUAUUUCAAUGGCACCUAAUGAAUGGCAAAAAAAAGAGGAUUUUGCUAAACUGCUAAAUGUGAACUUGCUGGGGAUGGUCGACAUCACACUUAAUCUGCUGCCACUCAUCAGAAAAGCCUGUGGGCGCAUUGUUAAUGUUUCUAGUUCUAUAGGAAGACUGUCUUUAACUGGUGGAGGAUACUCUGUCUCUAAGUAUGGAGUUGAGGCUUUCUCAGAUAGUUUACGAAGAGAGAUGCAUGACUUUGGUGUAAAAGUGUCCAUCAUAGAGCCAGGUGCUUUCAGAACUCCAAUAAUUCACUAUGAACCUCAUUUUAAGAACCUGGAGAGAUUAUGGAACAAUUUGCCUGCUGAGAUCAAGGACAGCUAUGGAGAGCAGUAUUACCAGCAAUAUGCCAAGGGCCUGGAAAGUUUGUUUAAAUCUGCUAGCCCUAAUUUGUACAUGGUACCGAACUGCAUGGAGCACGCCCUGACUGCUGUUUAUCCCUGGACACGAUACUCUCCUGGAUGGGAUGCUAAGCUCUACUAUAUUCCCCUCUCAUACCUACCAACUGCCAUAUCUGAUUAUAUGCUCUCUGGCAAUCAACCCAAACUACCUUGCAAGGCAAAAUAAUAAUUUUUUUUGUAUGUUCCACAAACAUUUAAUAAUAAUCAAUAAAUUGAGGCAAUAUUUAUUUCAUUAAAUAUCAUUAAAUAAUAUUCAUUUUCAA